CUUGGCUCGUCCGACGCGUCGUGUUUUUUCUAGUGCAAUUUGACCCACAAGCCCAAGCACUGUGGGGGAAAAGCUUUUUCGGUUGCGUGGGUGGUGGUGCUGGGUGCCCCAAUUUAACCUUCCCUGCCGCGACAAGCGAGACAACAAACCAAAAACCAAAACCAAAACCUCAAUUGCAUGACGAAACGAAACAUCCGCGGAACAGUUUGCGACGCAUUUUGUGUGCACAAGAAAUAAAAAAUCCAUAAAUUGAUUGGGCAGCAAAAACAUUAAACGAAAAUCCACGAAAAAUGCUGCUUGCCACGGGAAAAUUGAGCUGCUGUUGCCGUCGCCUCUGGGAUCGUCUGAUGGCGCCGCUAACACCCAGGAACCUAAGGACAACGGCCAUGCUGACGAGCAUAUUUCAAUUGCUGGUUUCGCAUUGUAUUUUGUUCUUUAUGCUGCUGUGCCUGGCACAUGCGGAGCAGAUCCAUCGUCUGCUUGAGCUGGAUAUAUUGGAUCAGAAGGACAAUGGCUUCUACACUAUGGCACCGUUUCACAACGAUCUGAGACUGCGCUCGGCCGCCGAGCUGUCGGACGCCAUGGAGAAGUUCCUGUACAUUAUGGUUGGUGUCUCUUCCGCCUAUGCUCUGUGCGCCAUCUGCCUGUUCUUUGGGGUCUACAAGAGUCGACCGGGUCUGAUCAUACCCUGGCUGGUGACCGAGUUCCUCUGCAUUAUGGGCUGCGCUGUGUUAAUCUUUAUGCUGCGCGACACCAAGCUGACAAUGCUAUUUUGCGGCAAUGUGCCCUUCUUUAUCAUCUGCUAUUCUCUGCUCAGCAUGGACUGCAUCAAGUGGUAUUCGAUGCACAGCUUCUAUCAGAGUUUGCGCACCAUAAACAAGCUCAGGGAAAUUGCCACUGUGGCCAUACCCUGUCCGGCACCAGGAGCCAUUCCCUAUCAUUUCCGUCGCGAGCACAUGUACUUGGGCAGCAAUGGCUACAAGCAUAUACUCACCGAAUGCCCAGAUGGACAGAAGUAGAUCGUAGCUCCUGGGCUCCUACAACUAAAUGAGCGUUAAACAACAAGUUCUUAAACUUCCCUAUC